UGACCCCUCUUCCGGUGUGGAGCCGUGCGUUGAGGAUCUUUACACCCGUAACCAUGCCGUCCAAGGGCCCAUUGCAGCCCGUGCAGGUCUCAGGAUGCAAGAAAACCGCCACAGCUGUGGCGCACUGCAAACGUGGCGAUGGCCUCAUCAAGGUGAACGGACGACCCCUGGGGAUGAUUGAGCUGCGCACGCUGCAAUACAAGCUACUGGUACCUGUUCUGCUUCUGGGCAAGGAGCAGUCCGCUGGUGUGGACAGCCGUGUCCGUGUGAAGGGUGGUGGUCAUUUGGCCCAGAUUCUUGCUAUCCAUCAGUCCAUCUCCAAAGCCCUGGUGUCCUGUUACCAGAAAUAUGUGGAUGAGGCUUCCAAGAAGGAGAUCAAAGACAUCCUCAUCCAGUAUGACCAGACCCUGCUGGUAGCUGACCCCAGUUGCUGCGAAUCCAAAAAGUUUGGAGGCCCUGGUGCCCAUGCUCACUACCAGAAAUCUUAAAGAUAAGCCCA